AUGCCAUCUCCUAACGCCUGGAACAUGGAUCAUUCAACCCGAAACAAACUGCUGAAAAAGUACCAAACCCAGGUGGCUUCAGGAUCGUCCACAAUCUGUGCCACUCUGGCGGUCACCCCCCUGGAAAACGUCAAGACCCGCAUGCAAACACAUGAUUUCAGUUCAAUCCCUGAGGUAGUGCGUUACAUCUGGCGCAAUGAAGGCCCCCGUGGAUUCGUGGCUGGUUGUCUUCCACCCCUAGUUAGCGUAACCGCAGUCCGGGUUCUCAACUUUACGGCCUAUAACUGGACCAAGGACACCGUUGAUGGCGUGUUCCAAGAUUUCACCGGUGUCUCUCCUCUCGCGGAGUACAACAAGCCUGGCAGCACCCCGACAAUUCCAGGGCUCGUCACCUUCACGACUGCGGGCUUGGCCGCUGGCAUGCUUUCUUCCCCGCUUGCAUGUCCUUUCGAGCUAGCCAAGAAUGUUGUCCAGACUUCAGUCCUUAUGCAGAACCGUGCUCAGGCUGCGCCCGGUGCUGUCCGAAAUCCUGCUCUCCGCAAUAUGCCUCGCCUUAGUACCGUCCAGGCUAUCAGACAGAUCAUCUCGCGUCACGGAUUCCGUGGUCUAUACACUGGCUUCGGUCUUCAUUGCGUGCGUGAUACCAUCGGGUCUGGCCUCUACUUCAGCAUCUACGAGACUGUCAAGCAGGUUGUCGUCAGACAGCUCGGUGAGAGUCAAUCUCCUUUCGGACCGCCCGCGAUCGCCGGCGCUAUUUGCAGCACUCUUCCUUGGUUCUGCACUUACCCCCUCGACACCCGCAAAACUCGUGCCCAGAGUGUCCUUCUUGGCAAGGCCCAGGAGAUCGCCUCAGCCUCCAAGGCAGUGGCCGGGUCCAGCAUGUACAGGGGACUUUCCAUCGUCGUCCUGCGUACCGGAAUUAACAACAUGAUUCUGCUCAGCAUUUAUGAGUACAUAAAGUUCCAGAUCAAUAACCUCCCCUAG